AUGGAUGAGGACUAUUAUGCUCGUCUAAGGGAUUAUUAUAGUAAGGAAAGUGCAAAUAGGUCGAAGGUUUUAAGAAAAGGUGAGGCUUCUAGAGCUGCAUAUUCAGGUUUCAGCUACUCAGACAAAUGUUUAACAAUAGCAAACAAUGAGCCAGAGUUUACACGUCAUGGAGUACAUUCAAAGGAACAAUCACAUAAGAAUACUGGAGUUAAACCUAUAUCUCAACUGGACUUGGAUAUUGGAGAUACCAAUCUAGUGAUCACUGGGGCCCAUAAAGUUGAUGUGCAUGACCCUAAACUUUGGGAGGAUAUGGAAAUUAGAUCUUCCAAAGCAUAUCAUAAUCCUAUUCGUGAGGGGCUUGGUGGUCAGCAGCGUGACCUUGAAAAAGGGGAAUUUGUUCAACCUAAUUCUGCCAAUCCUGAAGAUCUAUAUGUUAAGAAUGAUGAGGGGGAGGAGUUUCAAGGCGGUAGCUUUCAGUCAAUCCCAUUCUCUCAACUCUCUGAAGCGGCUAGUGCUCCAAUGGUCUCUGACCUUGAUGUGAGAAAAUUUGACGUCCCAAGCAAGAUGAUGGUAAUCUAUGAUAUUGGAGGACCAAGUGACACAGAGUUCAACCAAGGGUCACAUAUUUUAGGGUUCACCGUACCCCCAACAACAAUGUCGACAAGUGACCAACAAAGAGAGCAAUGUAUUGUUUCAGAUAACUUUCAGUUUGACAUUGUAACUAGUAAACCACCUAUUUACCAACAAGCUAAUACAUUACUGGACAAUAUUUCAGAAUUGAGACCUGUGAGGAAAAGUAAGAGUGCACAAUUGUCAACAGAUAGUAAACAGGUGUCAACAAAUAGUGCACAAGUAUCAACAUUCGAGGAGCCGCCUUCAUAUGGAGAUGUCAUAGAAUCUGAUUUAAGUCUUAAGCCUUAUCUAACAAGUACAGAUCCACCAAAUUCACCUAUCAUAGAGGUUACAUCAUCCAGGCAGAAAGUAAAACAAUUUAAUAGGAGUGAGGUUAUCAAUAAUAGUGAUUAUAACCAAAUUGGCGGUAACAUAAACAGAGGCAGUAUCAUUUCAAGUGGUUUUGCUGACAAGGUAACUGAUAAGAAGAAAACUUUACAUAUAAGAGGACAUGGUCCAACAUUGAUUGCUAAAAACUCAAAAACACAGCGUAGUAAGCCAUCUUUCAAAUAUGAUGGUGGUCAACAAUAUAAGCAAAGUAGCUUGAUAUCUGGAAGCUAUCAUCGAUAUCCAGCAGUUAGCAUGGAGUCUGAUAGCACUGAUAGUGAAGAAGAGGCUUCUAAAUCGUUUGGAGAUUAUGUCGUGGAAAAUACAGAUGUUGGGUCUGGUCUGCCACUGCCUUUUUUCAUCACAAGGCGAGCUGAAGCUGUACCCAAAAGAAAACCUCAUAGAAAGCGAAGUGCUGCAGGGCAGAAUAUAACUGUCAAAGGCCAUUCACACCUUAGAAGAACUGUAUCAGCUGAUAAUGUCAAAAUUAGACCAAGUACAUCUCAUCAAAAUAGCUUAUGGGAGGAUUUUCUUGAUGGUGGAUCUAAGAAAACACUGGGGUCUGAAACAUCGCAGAAUCAAGACAAUAAAGAUAUAACUCAAAUUCAAGGAAAUGGGGCUGAUGAAAUGUCAGUAGAUGGAAGCAUCGAUGAAGUAGCUAUUGAGAUACUGAAUGAAGAGGACUAUGAAAAAAUCCUAGAAGAUACACUUGAAAAAGUUGAGCCACAAAAUGAGAGAGAUAGCAAAGAAUCAUCUCCCGAAGAUUCAGUUACUCAAGAAAAGGUCAAUUUCGAGAAACUAUUAGAUGAAACUUUGGAAGAGUAUGAUAUCAUUAGCUCAACUGAGUACAAAGACACAAGAGACGAUACACCGGAAAAACUCAUUGUAUAUACAAGUACCCCUAAUAAACUGGACAAAAACAAAAACACAGAAGAUACUCAAAGUAAAGCAAGUGAUUUCGAAGAUGACUUUACUUUUAGUAUCAUUGAAAGCCCAAUAAAACUUGAUAAUGACUUGAGGGAUAACAGAACGAAAGAACCUAUUGGAGUUGCAGAUGUAGUGGAAAGAUACAAUGAUGACAAAGAAGAUAGGACACCAAUAAAAUCACCAAGUUCAUCAAGGAGGCAUUCUAAAGAAAUAAAGGAUAAAACACCUGAACCAUAUGACAUAGAGCAACCAUUUGGCACUCUGACUGUCCAUACACCUAUCAAACUCAGAUCAGUGUCUCCAGAACCAACUAAGGUGAAGAAAACGACUGACAAAAGUAAAGUGAAAUCAUCAAAGAAGCAUGACAAAACUAAAGAUGUUCCUAAACAAAAAACUAUGCCAGUGCCAGUAUCUAUCAAAUUUAAGGAUAGUGGUUCACAGAUUACUGGAAUAUCUUUGAAGAUACCUGUUGAGGUAGGGCCCAUUGGAACUGUUGAUGUACCAAUGCCCUUACAUAUACAAGGCAAACUUGUAGACACAAUGUCAUUAUCCGAUGUCUCAGAUAUACAUGAUAAUAUAGGAGAUGCAAUCGAAUCUGAUGGUGAUGGUGAGAGAAAUACUGCAAUGGGUACUGACUUAGAGACUGAAAUGGAUAAAAGAACUACCACUGUGAAGACUGAAAUAGAUGAAAGUACUACUGUUGUGAAGACUGAAAUGAGUGAAAGUACGACUGUUGUGAAGACUGAAAUGGGUGAAAGUACUACCAUUGUGAAGACUGAAAUAGAUGAAAGUACUACUGUUGUGAAGACAGAAAUGGAUGAAAGUACUACUGUUAUGCAGACUGAAAUGGAUGAAAGUACUUCUGUUAAGACUGAAAUGAAUGAAAGUACUACUGUUGUGAAGACAGAAAUGGAUGAAAGAACUGCUGUUAUGCAGACUGAAAUGGAUGAAAGUACUUCUGUUAAGACUGAAAUGAAUGAAAGUACUACUGUUGUGAAGACUGAAAUGGAUAAAAGCACUGCUGUUAUGCAGACUGAAAUGGAUCAAAGUACUUCUGUUAAGACUGAAAUAAAUGAAAGUACUACUGUGAUAGAGACUGAAAUGGAUGAAAGUCCUACUGUUGUGAAGACUGAAAUAGAUGAAAGUACUACUGUCAUAAAGACUGAAAUGGAUGAAAGUCUUACUGUUGUGAAGACUGAAAUGGAUGAAAAUACUGCUGUUGUGAAGACUGAAAUGGAUGAAAGUCCUUCUGUAAUGCAGACUGAAAUAGAUGAAAGUACUGCGAAUAAUCAAGAUAAUAUGAAAAUCAAACAGGAAGUGAUACAAACCAACGUUGAUAUUGGCCUUGAAAACACUUGGGACAUACCCCUUCAAGAUGACCUUGUAUGUACAGUAGUUGGUGAAGAAACUGCUACAACGCAGAAUGAGUUGGAUCUGCUGACCUGUAAAAGUGAUCCAUUUAGGGCAGUAGCGAUGCCAAGAAUUAAUUGGGAAGUUGUGGAGCAAACAUUAGAUGUCAAUGACUCUAUGUACUAUGAAGUAACACAUGAAUUCAAUAGAAAUGAAGAACAAAUGGUCAAGUAUAAUCAAGACCAGGUGGAGGUAGUUGUUGAAAGGGUUAAUGUAGAGGAUCCAAAACAGAUUGAGAAUAUACUUAUACCAGCUGUUGAAGAACCAAUUCAAAUUGAAGAAACAAACACAAGUGGCCAACAUGAACCAGACGCAAACAAGGAUGGACAUUCAGAUACACAAAUCAUUAUUGAGAGAGAUAAUUCAAUUGGUUCUGAAUCAAGUGAUAAAUUGACCAGUGACUCUGAUGGACAUACAGUUUCUGAUAACCAGAAAAGUGUUCAUGGUAAAAAACAAGUGCAUACUGAAUCUAAAGAAUCUGAAUCAGAGGAUCACAAAGAUAUUGAAGCUGAUGAUGAAAUGAGUGUGGACUCUGAAGAUCAGAUGGUCUUUAGAUACACAAAGCAAAAGGUUGAACACUCAGUUGAGCAAGUGAUAAUGGAGUAUGAUGACCAGUCAGAAGAAGAACCUGUGCUGGUGAAAGACAAAAUUUAUGGUGACAUUAGUUCACCUGAUCAGAUUGAUGUUAAUGAGACUGAAAUAAAGGAUAGUAUUAAUGAGAUAUCUGCUGAAGCAUCUGAAGCUUCUCUUUAUGAUGAAAAUGAUGAUGAACAGUCUCAAAAAGAUGUCAGUCCACCAUCUUGGGUUCAACCUAAGCAAAUAAUACACCAACAAAGAUUUGAGAAAUAUGAUUCUAUGAUAAGUGAAAAGCCUAAGGUCACUGAGCAGUUGUCAUCAGACAGAACAAUAAAAGUCACAAUGACAAGUUCUUAUGAGAUCACCGAUACAGCAAUUGAUAAUGGGGAAAGUUUGCGUUAUACUAAACCAGAUGCUCCUAAUGGUAACGUCACAGAAAGUUCCUCAUUGAGAGAUGUCAAAAUUCUAAAACUGAGACAAAUUGAUACAAAGACGAUGUUUGACAGAGUUAAACGUGCUCCUGAUUUGGCUGGAGAAUCUGAAUUUGAGAUCUUAAAAGAACUUUAUGAAAAAGUGAACAUAUCUGAUGCUGAAUCGAGUCAAGUUUUAGAAAAGCUUGAGCAAGAAGCAUUGGAACGUGUCCGACUCUUGGAUGAUGACUUACAGAAAACUGAACUAAUUGCCACUGAACUAGGUGACCACACCAAGAAUGUGAAUGGAGAAAAACAAAAGGAUAUUGUUAAACCAAAGGAUGUAGAUGAACAACAGGCCCCACAUGCUUGUUAUCAUAAGGCUGCAUUGCACUGAGCUCAACACUGUGGUUACCCUGCUAUGCUUUAGCUUGCAGAGCUCCUUUCAUUGCAAUAGACUGUUUCCAUAUUGCUCUUGACUGGAUAACACUGUUAUGUAUUUGCCCCUAAAAUGCAUUUAUUUAGUAAUAAUAUGGACAAAUGUAUAGAGUUACUUCAUAUGGAACGUGAGUUGUGCUGAGCUAUACAUUUUUGUGAUAGCAUUUACAUAGACUGAUGAGGUCACAAGGCCCUGAUGAAAUGACUUAAAUUGGCCAAUUUUGACAUUUGGUUAUCUUUUAUGCCGUUUUAUUUGCUUUUAGGUCAUGUUAAAUGUUCAACUAA